AUGAGGGACACCGUCAGCUCCCAGUAUGAUUCCUUCCUGUACUGGAGGAUGCCCAUCCCUGAACUGGACCUCUCAGAACUGGAGUGCCUGGGAAUGGCCGACCUCGCCCUCUUCAAGCCCAAACGGGGCUACGGGAGCCUCCUGUCCGAGCAGAAGCCGGCCCAGAAGCCCAGCCCGGGGGUCCCGGAAGAAGCAGAGACCGCCCUGCUCCCCUUCAGCAGCUUCAACUUCUGGAGACCCCCCAUCGCCCGCAUCAGCCCCGUAGAUUUCGACCUCAUCUGAAGCCCUGGAGGAAGCCACCCUUUUUUUAAAAUUACAUCUCCCCCUCCCCAAUUGCAUCUUUUCUGGCGGGCGGUUUUUUCCCCCUCCCUCCCCAAAUUUCUCUGUGCUGUGUCUGCGCUUCUCCCGGGCUGAUGUUUCCGAAUCCUUUGUCAUAAACCCAAAGUGG